GCCCCAGGGGCCCUCCGCCCCUUGGAGGUGGGUCGUGUACCAGGAGUGGAGUAGAGUAGGCCAGGAGAAACUGGGCCAGGCUGCACUUUUAGCUCGAGGGGCCUCGAGGACUCUUCGCGUCUCUGGAGACAAGGGCACUACACGCACUUCAUAAUGAAGAGUUGCGGGAGCAUGCUGGGGCUCAGGGGGCUGCGGCUGCCCCCGGCGGGGAUCCUGCUCCUGUUGCCGUUCCUGCCGCUGCUGCUGCUGCCCGCAGCCCCCGCGCCCCAUCGCGCUCCCUACAAGCCGGUCAUCGUGGUGCACGGGCUCUUUGACAGCUCGUACAGCUUCCGCCACCUGCUGGAAUAUAUCAACGAGACACACCCCGGGACUGUGGUGACAGUGCUCGAUCUCUUCGAUGGGAGAGAGAGCUUGCGACCCUUGUGGGAACAGGUGCAAGGGUUCGGAGAGGCUGUGGCCCCCAUCAUGGCAAAGGCCCCUCAAGGGGUGCAUCUCGUCUGCUACUCGCAGGGGGGCCUGGUGUGCCGGGCGCUGCUCUCUGUCAUGGAUGAGCACAAUGUGGAUUCUUUCAUCUCUCUCUCCUCUCCACAAAUGGGACAGUAUGGAGAUACAGACUAUUUGAAGUGGCUCUUCCCUACCUCCAUGAGGUCUAACCUCUAUCGGAUCUGCUAUAGCCCCUGGGGCCAGGAAUUCUCCAUCUGCAACUACUGGCACGACCCCCACCACGAUGACUUGUACCUCAACGCCAGCAGCUUUCUGGCCCUGAUCAAUGGGGAAAGAGAUCAUCCCAAUGCCACUGCAUGGAGGAAGAACUUUCUUCGUGUGGGCCGCCUGGUGCUGAUUGGGGGCCCUGAUGAUGGUGUUAUUACCCCCUGGCAGUCCAGCUUCUUUGGUUUCUAUGAUGCAAAUGAGACGGUCUUGGAGAUGGAGGAGCAACCGGUUUAUCUGCGGGAUUCUUUUGGGUUGAAGACUCUCUUGGCUCGGGGAGCCAUAGUGAGGUGUCCGAUGGCUGGGAUCUCCCAUACGGCCUGGCACUCCAACCGUACCCUUUAUGAGACCUGCAUUGAACCUUGGCUCUCCUGAGGAUGUCCUCAGGGAUCCCUCAGGAACUUCCCAGCCCAGAGACCAAGCGGUGGCCUUGGAAAGCAGAUGUCAGCUCCGGUGUGCCUGCAACCACCCCAUUGCUCCCACACUGCCCCCACCAACCAGGGCUCCCAGGACUCCCUUCCUGUGCUCCUCUGUAGAUGACAAAUCCUGGUCUCCCCCCACCUCAUGUUUGGGGUUUGCUCCAUGCUCUCUCACUCUCCCGAGGCCGAGGCCGAGGUCGGGAAGAGAGAAACCAGGUUUUUAUCUCGUGGCUGCUCCUGCUGCUGUGGCUGCUCUGUCUCUGGCUGUAUAGGAGAACCCAGCCCCUGCCCACUACAGGGGUCUCCUUCUAGGCCACUCAGGACAUUUUUAGCUCCUGUUCUCCCCAUGUUCCCUUUUUCUCAGCCCUCCCAACUCCCAGGAAGGACUACCCAUGAGAGUGGGGUUCUGAGGCUCCCCUAUGGGGACAGUUCCGUUCUUGAAAUGUCAGUGUUGGGGAAUAUCUAUGGCCUGUGAGGCCCAUCUCAGGUUUGGGGAUCCCCCAGUCCCUCUGUUCAGUGUUGGGGUACCCCCUGGGAGCCUAGUGUCUUUGAGGCCCCAGCCCCUUUUAGCUAUCAUUGAAUGGGUGUUAACCCUGUAUUUAUGGAAAUAAAAGUCCAUUUCCUCA